AUCUUGUCGGUCGCUCGCAUUUCUGUAGGAAAUUGGCAUUUUCUUUUAAAAUAACUCUAAUUUCAAGUGAAGCUAAUUGAAUAAUACAAAAUGGUUGAAGCACAGAAGUACAGGCUUGAGCAGGAGAUGACCAACAUGGUCAAUGAGCUCGACAGGAGCUAUUUGAGGAAGAUGCAGGGUGACAUGCACCGGUGUGCGGCUCGGUGCUGCGACGACACGGACAAGUCUCUCGAGCGGGUGCACGGCUGCAUCGACAACUGUACCACCUCGCUGAACCAGGCUAAUAACUAUGUGCAAACGGAGAUCAACCACCUGCAGAACCGUCUGCAACGCUGCGUGAUGGACUGCAACGACGCCGCGCGCGACCGCCUCGGGCCCGACCCCAGCCAGGAUAAGAUCGACAAAACAACGUUAGAAUUCGAGAAGUGCGCUGUGAAAUGUGUGGACAAGCACAUCGGACUUAUCCCCAGCAUGUUGAAGACUAUGAAGAAUGUCCUAGCCAGCGGUAAACCCCCACCAGUCAAGAACGAAUAAGUAAAAGUGUCAGAAUAAUGUAAGAAGGAUGUGUAAUACUGUGAGUGUCUGAAUAGUAUAUGGUUAAGUGCCAAUUUCUCCAUAAUCGGUUACCUAACCGACCAGGGAUUGGUUAUCAAUUAUACGUCACCUCCAUUUAACAUUUUUGACAGAUGUGUCAGAAGUCAACCACUAAUAUCUGGUUA